GUGCCUCUCCUCCCCUCUGCCUUCCUCCUCCCUCACCGCAGGGUUAGCGAACAUCCAUCCUCUUCUGCCCGGGCAUUCCUCCCAGACCCCCACUAUCGCCCCUGUCUCUUCUUCUUCAUCGUAUCUCCUCUACCCACCCUCUCCUCUCCUCUUUUCUCCCUGCCCCUUUAAAUCUGCCUGGCCCUGCCUCCCCCGUGAUGCUGGGAUGGAGCAAACAUUGAUUUGUGCUGGGAUGGAAUCGGAAUUUUGAUUUAUUUUUCCUCUCCCAACCAUAAGAAGAAAAAAAUAAUAAAAACACCCCCUCUUGAUAGCCCCCUCCCUCUUCCCAUCCAGCUCCCAGCUCCUCUUCCCUAUCUCCAUCCAAAGCAGAUUUUUUUCCCUACACUAUUCCCAUCUCCCCCCACCCCUGCCACUACCUCGCCGCCCCCCCCACCCUGCUCCUCCAGCUGGGGAGAGAGGGGACUCUCUCCCGGCUCCCCCACCUUUCUUCUCUGGGUUGGAGCAGUCUCUCCGGAAGGGGAGGGGGCUUGGCUUGUCCGGGUGAGGUGGGAGUGGAGGUAUCCUGUCAUGGAUGCAGUGUCUGGGAGGCAGCCUGAGCCCCAGCCCACAUGGGAAGCCAAAGAACCGGGGCAGAGAGAUCCUGACAGCAGCCAGGGAAGCGGGUGGCCUACGACUCUGCCCAGCCCCCUCUCGGGACCCCCCCCCCCAAAUUGCCAUCCACACUGGACACUUUGGGGUCCUAGCCACUCAGGAUGAGGGUCCGGCCCUGCCUGCCCGCGCUGGGGCCCCCCCGCCCGGCCCCGGUCUAACUGCCCCCGCCUCCAGGCCUCGCCCGGCUCUCAGGCCCCCAGCCGGCUCUCCAGCCCCAGGAUGCGCUGAGCCGCCGGGGGGCUGAGGCCGCGCCAACUACAUGCAUGUCCCCCGGGGGCAAGUUCGACUUUGACGACGGGGGCUGCUACGUGGGGGGCUGGGAGGCGGGGCGGGCACAUGGCUACGGCGUGUGCACAGGGCCCGGCGCCCAGGGCGAGUAUAGCGGCUGCUGGGCGCACGGCUUCGAGUCACUGGGCGUCUUCACGGGGCCCGGCGGACACAGCUACCAGGGCCACUGGCAGCAGGGCAAGCGCGAAGGGCUGGGCGUGGAGCGCAAGAGCCGCUGGACGUACCGCGGCGAGUGGCUGGGCGGGCUGAAGGGGCGCAGCGGCGUGUGGGAGAGCGUGUCCGGCCUGCGCUACGCCGGGCUCUGGAAGGACGGCUUCCAGGACGGCUACGGCACCGAGACCUACUCCGACGGAGGCACCUACCAGGGCCAGUGGCAGGCCGGGAAGCGCCACGGCUACGGGGUGCGCCAGAGUGUGCCCUACCAUCAGGCGGCGCUGCUGCGCUCACCCCGCCGCACCUCCCUGGACUCGGGCCACAGCGACCCCCCGACGCCGCCCCCGCCCUUGCCCCUGCCGGGCGACGAGGGAGGCAGCCCGGCCUCGGGCUCCCGGGGCGGCUUCGUGCUGGCCGGGCCCGGGGACGCCGACGGCGCGUCCUCCCGAAAGCGCACCCCGGCGGCCGGCGGAUUUUUCCGCCGCUCGCUGCUGCUCAGCGGGCUCCGGGCGGGCGGGCGCCGCAGCUCCCUGGGCAGCAAGCGGGGCUCCCUGCGCAGCGAGGUGAGCAGCGAGGUGGGCAGCACCGGACCCCCGGGCUCCGAGGCCAGCGGGCCCCCGGUCCCAGCGCCGCCCGCCCUCAUCGAGGGCUCGGCCACAGAGGUGUACGCGGGCGAGUGGCGCGCCGACCGGCGCAGCGGCUACGGUGUGAGCCAGCGCUCCAACGGGCUGCGCUACGAGGGAGAGUGGCUGGGCAACCGGCGGCACGGCUACGGGCGCACCACCCGCCCCGACGGCUCCCGCGAGGAGGGCAAGUACAAGCGCAACAGGCUGGUGCACGGCGGGCGGGUCCGCAGUCUCCUGCCUCUGGCCCUUCGGCGGGGCAAAGUCAAAGAGAAGGUGGACAGGGCUGUCGAGGGCGCCCGUCGAGCCGUGAGCGCUGCCCGCCAGCGCCAGGAGAUCGCCGCUGCCAGGGCAGCAGACGCGCUCCUAAAGGCAGUGGCAGCCAGCAGUGUCGCUGAGAAGGCUGUGGAGGCAGCACGAAUGGCCAAACUGAUAGCCCAGGACCUGCAACCCAUGCUAGAGGCCCCAGGCCGCAGACCCAGGCAAGACUCAGAAGGUUCUGACACAGAGCCCUUGGAUGAGGACAGCCCUGGGGUGUACGAGAAUGGACUGACCCCUUCAGAGGGAUCCCCCGAACUGCCCAGCAGUCCUGCCUCAUCCCGCCAACCUUGGCGACCACCUGCCUGCCGGAGCCCACUGCCUCCUGGAGGGGACCGGGGUCCCUUCUCCAGCCCCAAAGCUUGGCCUGAGGAGUGGGGGGGCCCAGGUGAGCAGGCAGAGGAACUAGCUGGCUAUGAGGCUGAGGAUGAGGCUGGGAUGCAGGGGCCAGGGCCCAGAGACGGUUCCCCACUCCUCGGAGCUUGCAGCGACAGUUCAGGAAGUCUUCGAGAGGAGGAAGGGGAAGAUGAAGAACCCUUGCCCCAGCUGAGGGCCUCAGGAGGCUCAGAGCCUGAGCCAGUCACCAUGCUGGUCCUGAAGGGCCCAUCUUCGAGGGGUCCUGAUGCUGGGUGCCUGACAGAAGAGCUCGAGGAGCCUGCUGCAACCGAGAGGCCUGCCCAGCCGGGAGCUGCCAACCCCCUGGUGGUGGGAGCCGUGGCCCUCCUGGACCUCAGCCUGGCGUUCCUGUUCUCCCAGCUCCUCACCUGAGGCUACUUCCUGGCCUAGUUCUGGCUUUGGUUGCCUGCCUUUUCACCCCUUUGCCCUGACUUUUUCUCUUUUCCUCUUUCUGGUUGUGUUUUCUCUUCUCUUCUCCCUUUCCUUUCUUUUCUGCCCCCUUUAUUUUUGUCUCUUGCUUUUUCUUUCCCUCUCUUCUUUCAGAUUAUCUCAUUUAUUCUGAAUCUGUCUCUGUCUUCCUCACUCCCUUCCCUACCCCAACCCCUUCUUUCUCUAGAUUGUUUACAUAUGAAGGGCUUUUCUCUCUCA